AUGAAAUUUUUUUUUAUAGGAAACUUCAAUAGAUUGAAUUCUUAUUAUAUUGCAGGAAUAGAAGCUCCUUGCAUUAAUUCAAUUUGUAAUCAAUUAAAAAAUAAAGUAUUUUUAAGAAAUUUCUGUUUUAUAAACAAGGAAGAUAAAUGCAUUGAUGAUUUAAGUAAGGAAAAGAAAGAAAAGGAUGUUGUAAAUGAUAUAUAUAUUCAAAAACAAAAAGAUUUUUUAAAUAAAUUUGAAGAGGAAAACUACAACGAAGAAGAGUAUAGCACAGUUAAAAUAAUAAAUAAAAAUGACGUAAGUAAUGAUUUUUUAUUAAACAAUGAAAGAUAUUUAAACUUUAUAAAGAAAUAUAACAAUCAAAAAAUAAAAAACAAUUCCUCAUCUGAAAAAAAAAAUAAUAGAUUCAGCCAAAACAUACCAUUAGAAGAUGGUGAAAAAAGUUUAUGGGAAAUUUUAAAAGAAAAAGAAGAUUAUCUAAGAAACAAAAAAAAACUGAAAGCAUAUCAAAAAGAAAUUGAUCACAAAAUGAAUAAAGAGAGUGAAAAAAUAAAAAAAGAAGAAAAAUUUAUUGAAUUAGAUCAAAAUGAAAAAAAAAAGAGAGAGCAAUUAAAUGAUUAUACUAAAGGUAAAUAUAAAAAAAAAAAUAAUUUAGAAGAUAUACAUGAUGACAUUGAUAUGUUUUUAAAAAAUGAUAAGACAUAUGUUAAUGAUAUAAAAUCUUAUGAUGAAAUUUAUGAAGAUUCGUCAAAAAGGAUUAAUGAAAAUGAUAAAGACCAGAAGCUAGAAGAAGAAAAUUGCUUAAAUGAUAAAGGAAAUAAUAAAGAGGAUGAUCUUAAUAUAAUUCAAGAAGAUUUUAAGUAUCGUACUAUUUAUGAUGAAAUAAAUAAAUUCAAUAAUGAAUACAAAAAAUUAACUAGUGAUAUUUUAAUUAAUGAUUUAAAUUCUCCAGAGAAUAAAUAUUCUUCUAUGACAAAGAAUAAUAUGCUUUUUGUUGAAGAAACAGAUCAUAUUACGGCAAAAAAAUGCAUUCAUGAUUUAUCAACAGAGAAUAAAUUGAGAGAAAAGGAUGAUAUUAAUAAAAAUAGUGAAUUUUAUAAAAUUGAUGAAAUAAAAAAAAGUGACACAAUAAAAGAAAAUAGCAAAAUUAAAGAAAAAAACAUUAUCGAAGUUAAACCUUCUGAAAUAAUAAAAAGAUUAAGUGGGGAGUCCAUAAGCACCAUUGUUGAUGGAAAUAUAGAUAAUUUAAUUAUACAAAGAGAAAUAAAUAAAGAAAAAACUGUAAAUGGGAUAAUAAAUGUAGUGUAUAAUAAUUUGCAUAAUUGUGAUCCUAUUAAUUUAAGUAGUGCACUUCUUAAAAUAUCUAAGUUAAUAGACUCCUAUCAAAAACAAAGCAUCAUAAAAAAUUAUAUGUUUUUAUGCAUUUUAAAAAAAAUUGAAGAAAGUUUAAAUUUGUUUGAAACUUCUAAUUUAGUUCAAAUUUUUUAUGCAUUCGUUAAAAUUGAUCAUUUGCCUUUUUUUUUUAAUGACAUCAUUAAUCUUAUUAAUAAUAAAAUAAGUAAGCUAGAAGCAAAACAUAUAUGUAGCAUUUUAUAUACAUUAAGUAAUAUAAUUAUUGAAACAAAUGAAAGUAGGAACUUAAAAAAUAAAAUUAUUGAUUUAAUUAGAACAAAUAUUUCUAUGUUUGUUUGUUUAAGUGAUGUUAUAUGCUUACUUACCUCAUUAUCUAAAUUAAAAUAUAAAGAUGUAAAUACUUACUAUCAGCUGUCAAAAAAAAUAGAAGAAAAUUUAGAUCAAUUAAGUAUGAAAAAUAUAAGCAACAUACUGUGGUCUUUUAGUAAUAUUAAUUAUACGUGUAAAUUAGUGAAAAAAGUUAAAAAAAUCAUAGAAAAAAAUAUUCAUGAUUCUAAUUAUUUAGAUGUUAUUAAUAUAAUAUAUUCUUUAACAAAAUUGAAUGAAUAUGAUGAUUAUCUUUAUAAUGAUGUAUUUUAUAAUGCUGUUAAUAUUUAUAUACAUAAUAUGAGUAUAAAAAAUUUAUGCAUUAUUUUGUGGUCAUAUACUUUUGCAAAUGUUGAUAAACCAGAUUUGUAUAUUAAUAUUUUAACAAAAAUAAAUGAAAAUAUGAAGUACAUUACUAGUAAAGAUGUUGUUUCUAUAUUAACAUGCUUAAGUAGAAUUAAGUAUAAUUAUAGAUACAAGCACUUAUUUAACCAUUUAAAAAAUAAAGUAAUAAAAAAUCUAUAUGCAUUUACUCCAUUACAACUAACUAAUGUUAUAUAUCAUUCUUCCUUUUUGGAUAUAUAUGACCACAAAUACUAUUAUUUAUUAGUUCAGCAACUUUAUCAAAUAAGAAAAUUGUUAUAUUUAGAAAAUUUAACAUUAAUAUUAUAUUCUUUAAAAAACAUAUAUUAUUUAAAUGUACAAAAUCUUGAUAUUUUUAAAUUAAUUUCUUAUAUUUUAGAACAAAUAAAAAAGAAGUAUAAAUUAUUGUAUGGAGAAGACUGUAUAAAUAUAAUGCUAAUAAUAAAUGAUUUAAUGAAAUAUACCAAUCAAGGUUAUUUAAACUUUUCAUAUAUUUCUGAAAAUAAAGAUAAGAGAGAUUAUUUAAAUAUUUCAAAUAAUGAAAAUAUAUCAUGCACAAAUAAUUACUUAGAUAUAUUUGAUGAUGGUGUAAACAUAAGUCAUUUAAAUAUUGAUAACGAAGAAGAAGUAUAUUUACCAUAUAUAAGUGAUCUAUUAUAUGAACAGAUAAAAAUUAGAUUAAAUAAUUUCUGGCAAUUAAGUAUUAAGGAUGUUAAUAAUUUAUUAAUUAUUAUGAAAAAUGUUAAUAUGUAUGAUGAUACAAUAAUAAAUAUGAUAAUGAGACAAAUUGUUCCAAUAUUGUUAAAAUCCUCAAAUAUAGAAUUUUUAAUUUUCUUAAGUAAUAUUACAUCGAAUAAGAAUUUGAAAUUUAUAGCAUUGACACAUUUGUCUCGUAGACCUAAAUUAAUUAGUGUAUUUAAAAAAAAAAUUAAUUCAAUAACUCAGAAUAUAUUGAAUAAUUAUGAAGAGGAUGAAAAUGAUUUGUCUGUUCAUUGUCAUAAACAUUCAAAUAAUAGUUCAGGUAAAGAAUGUGAUAUAGAUAUCAAUGAAAAAAAUAAAGAAGAAAAAGCAAACAUAAUAAAUAGCAAAGAAUUAAAAAAUAACAUUGAUACAUAUAAAGAUGAUGAAGAGGAUUCUAAGGAAAGUAUAAAUAGCUUUUUAAAUAUUAAAUAUUGUAAUAAUGAAUAUGUAUCAAAUAAUAGUGCUGUUGAAUUAAAUUAUGAUAUUAAAAAGAAAAACAAAAUAGACAUAAAUAGUUGCAUAGCACUUGCUUAUGCUUGUUUUAAUAUUCAUUAUGAGGAUGACAACAUUUUGAAAUUAUAUGAUAUCAUUGAACAUAUGAUUAUAGAAGAAAAGAAGCCUAUAAAUUCCUAUAUGCUAAUAAAUUUUUUAUACAUUUUAACUUUAACAAAUAAUAAAAUGGAUUUAUCUAGAAAAUUAUCAGAAGAAUACAUGCAUCAUAGAUAUAGUUAUAAUAUAGAAACAAAUAAUAUGAAUCUGUGCAAUGAACAUGGAAAUAAUGUAGGAAAUGCAGAAAAUGAAAUAAGGGAUAGGAAGUCAACUUUAAGCUUUAAUUUAUUUUAUGAAUCAAAUGAUAAAUUAUCUUCAUAUAUCCAAAAAGGAGAUGAAUAUACCUCUCUAAUAUUAUUAAAAUUAUUAUAUGUAAACAUUUUGCUAAAUAAAUAUAAUUAUUUAUAUCAUAUAUUAAGUGAAAUAUGCAAAUAUUAUGAUGAUACAUAUAAUUAUGAAUUUAUUAUGUUAUCAAAACAAGUAUGCUAUCAUAUUUAUAAUUUUUCCAAUUUUUUUUGUAAAAAUAAAGAUAUGCAUCAUAUAUGGAAUAGAGUAUCAGAAAAUAUAUAUAUUAACGAAGAAUAUAUAUAUCUAGAUUUAAAUUAUGAAAUAACAAAUGUUAAUCUUAUUAAUGAAAAAGAUAAUCAAACAAUUAAUUCUUCAUUAAAUAAUAAAAAAAUAUGUAAAUCAUUAGAUAAUAAUAUGAACAUUGCAAAAUUUUUUUAUUUUGUUUUGAAUUACAAUAUAGACGAUAUCAAUAGCAAAAACACUAAUUAUUUGGCAUCCAAAAAAGAAAAAAAAAAAAUAAAAAUGUUUCAUUUUGAUCAUAUUAUUAGUGAUAUUUUAAAUUUCUUGAAUAUUCAAUAUAAAGGAUCUUAUAUUCAUGAAAAUAUUUACAAAAUUUCUUGCUCAUUUCCUUAUGAAAGGCAUUUAAUAGAUUUAAUAUCAUAUGAGGAUGUCUUAUUUCCAUCUAAUAGACCAUUAUUAUCCUCAGAACUAAGACAAAAACAACUUGCUUUAAAAGGAUGGACAGUUCAUUCUAUAAAUUUUAGAGAUAUUUAUAAUAGCAUAAAAGACAAAAACAUUAUUUUAUAUAUUUUUAAUAUUUGCAAAAAAAUAAAAAAAGAUUUAAAUAGUUUACCAAAUAAUGAAAAAAUAAUGGAAGAAAAAAAAUUUUGGGAAAAUAUCAAAUAUGCAAAUAUAUAA